AGGCCCAAAUUGGGUGGCUGCAUCCAAUUCUUUGAAGCUAGGGUUUUGAGUCAUCCUUCAUCACUACAAGGAAGAAACCACUGUGAAGAGUAAGGUCAGCUUAAGCUCUCAGCAAACAUGGGUAUUUCAAGAGAUUCUAUGCACAAGAGACGUGCCACUGGUGGCAAGAAGAAAGCUUGGAGGAAGAAGAGAAAGUACGAGCUUGGACGCCAACCAGCUAAUACAAAGAUUUCUAGUAACAAGACAGUCAGGCGAAUUCGUGUGCGUGGUGGCAAUGUGAAGUGGAGGGCACUAAGACUAGAUACAGGAAACUUUUCAUGGGGUAGUGAGGCGACUACGCGCAAGACUCGUAUCCUUGAUGUGGUUUACAAUGCCUCAAACAACGAGCUUGUUCGCACACAAACUCUAGUCAAGAGUGCCAUUGUCCAAGUUGACGCCGCGCCAUUUAAACAGUGGUACCUCCAGCACUAUGGCGUUGACAUUGGUAGGAAAAAGAAGGGGCCUAAGAAGGAAACUGCUGAGGAGGGAGAAGCUGCUGCUCCUGCUGAGGAAGCUAAGAAGAGUAACCAUGUAGUUCGGAAAAUUGAGAAACGUCAGAAGGAUCGUAAACUUGAUACUCACCUCGAAGAACAAUUUAGCUCUGGUAGGCUAUAUGCCUGCAUCUCAUCCCGCCCUGGUCAAUGUGGCCGAGCUGACGGGUACAUUUUGGAAGGGAAAGAGUUGGAAUUCUAUAUGAAGAAACUUCAAAAGAAGAAAGGCAAGGCUGGAUCUGGUGCUGCUGCUUAAGUGGUGUUUUCGGAAUGUCCAGUCUAAUUAAUUUUUUUCCUUUAUUUUUUUUUGUCAAUCAAGCUUCAAUUUUGAGAGUGUAUUUUUAUACGCUGCCGUUUACCGUAAGUUCAGAAUGAUCCCUGGACUUUAUUACUAUUAGCAACGUUUAGGUGUUUGAAAUAUUACUGCCAGUUUUUCUUGA